UUGAUGUUUGAGGACAUGUUUGGUUUGGACGUUUUGAUUAAUACAGAAUUGUUUGUGGGAGAUUAGUAAAUAAAUAACAGUUUUUAAUUUUCUUUUAUACUUUUACUUUGAUUUCAACUUUAUUUAUCUCCGUUUGAAGUUAAACCAAAGAAAAAUAUGUUAUCUGCAGUGUGAUUUCAUAACUUUUACAGUUCCAAAACAUUUUAAGUGGCUGUAUUAAAAGUUUUGAAUUGUAAACGUAACCUGUGGGUAAAAUACCUUGUGUGUCAUGUACUGUGAAAUCUAAUAUAAACGCUACUACAGUUUUAGAGAUUUAGAGUGGUCAAGAUUUGCGCAGAGUGUCAAUAUGAAAGACGUGCUUAAGGUGUUCAGGACGAACUGUUAUUUUCUUAUAGUGCUAUCGCAUGUGCGUUGCAGCACUUGAAUCAGUAGAAUAGUGUUAUAAGACUGAGAAUGAGGGAUCAAAGGUGAAGGAGCGUCAGUAGUCACCGUGGAGCACCUGGUGGGAGGCGGUGGCGCGGGCGGGCUGCUGCCCGGCGCCUCGCCCGCCCAGCAUCCGCCGAACAUGCUUCAGCCCAUGGAAGAGAUGAUCUUACCACCCAAACGACAAGCUGUUGUAGACCGCCUCCGGCGUAGAAUAGAAACAUACCGGCGGCGGCAGUCAGAAUGUGUGCCGCGAUUCGACCAAUCGUUCACCGGAGCAUGCGAGCAGCAGAAUUUGGAGACCAGCGCCCUGCAGAAGCGCUUCCUCGAAGGCAAGGCGAAGCGUCAAGCUAAGAAGACGGACCGCAAGCCCGACUUACCCGCCAUCAGUAGCAAUCUGCACAGCAGUGUGCAUGUGAGCUGUCAACAAAAAUUCGGAUGCGGGGACUAUGAGCCACCGGCCAAGUUGCAGUGCGGUGGGGCCGGGGGCGGCGGUGCGGGCGAGGGACUCACCAAGUUCUCCGUGGAGAUAGUCCAGCAGCUAGAAUUCACCACCUCCGCUGCGGACUCACAACCGCAACAAAUUUCCACUAACGUGACCGUCAAAGCUCUCGCUAAUGCCGUUAAAACUUCCGGCUCCCCGCCGCCCCCGCAGCCACCUCGGGUCCCGUCACCUCUGGACUGUGAGCGAGAAUGCAAAGCCGAAUGCAAGUCUGAAGUGGCUGACGACGAGUUCGUCGGGCUGGACGAGUGCGCUGCAGCCUUGGAACGCGACGCGGCCUCCGCUUUCCCCGGCCUGGCCGAUCUGAUCGGCGAGGACGACGGCGACGAUACGUUUGAAGAUUUAAUAACUGAAAUAUCGGAAUACCCGGAGUUUAUGAAAGAUUUCGAUCUGGACGCGGGCAAGCUGAACGGUGGAGGCGGUUUGGCGAACAGCUUGGAGCCGAACGAGGGAGAGCCCGCGAGACCGUACAACGGCGGCGAGAUGUCCCCAGCGGCGCAGACGCUGAAGCACAUGGCGGAGCAGCACCAGCAGGCUGCCGGUGGGGAUUGGUCGAGGUACCGCGGCUACAGCAGCUACCGGCCGCGCCCUCCCCAGCCUACCAUGGACCACCUGCACAUGUCGCAGCAGCAGCAGUUACAUCUCACGCAGCCUCAUCACAAUCUACAGGUGUCGGCGGCGCAGCAUAUGCAAGUGAACAGCGCGGGCACGGGCGGGCACGUGUCUGUGGCUGCCCAGCAAGGCAUGUACGCCAGCUUCCAGCACCAAGGCACGCCCUCACCGCAACAUCAUCAAGGUAGCGGUUGCGAUACGUAUUCAGUGUCGCAGUCGCAGAGCCUCAACUUCUCGCAGGCGAUGCGAGGUCGCCCUGCCGGCACACAGCAGCAGCCCGCAGGACCGCAGCCACCGCCUCUAGGUGUAGCAGCGGCCGGCAUAUCCCGUGAGCAGCAAGCCAAGAUGCUGCAGCAGCAACAGCAGCAGAUGCUGCGCGCGCAGCAGCAGCAGAUGCGUCCGCCGCCGCCCGAGUACAAGGCGCGCUUCGCCGCCGCCCCCGCGCCCGCCCCGCGCCGAGCCCCCGCGCCCCGCGCCUUCGCCCCGCACGCGCGACAGUACGCGCCCGACUGGCGACACGUGCUCAUGCAGCAGCAGCCGCGCCAGCAGUUCCCGCACCACCACCAAGGCGGAGGAUUCGGCAUGGCGGGUAUGGGCGGGCUGACGCAGCACCAGCAGCAGCAGCUGCAGCUGCAGCAGGCGCGCCUGCAGCAACACCAACUGCUGCAGCACCAGCAUCAACAGCAGCAGCAACAACAACAGCAACAACAAAGGACAUCCAGCCAGCAGCAGUCGCCGAUGUCUCACCUCAUCAUGCAGCAGAACCAGAUGAUGAGUGUGCAGGGUCAGAUGCCGAACAUUCACAUGAGCCAGUCGCAAAGCAUGUCGAUGCAGCAAGCGGGCAUGGGCGGCAUGGGCUCGCAUCAAACCAACCCCAUGCAGAGCAACCCUAUGCAGUCCAACCCCAUGCAAGGCCAGACCGGCUCCAUGCACGCUCAGACCAACCCCAUGCAGAACUCCAUGAUGACUCAGAACGCUCCAAUUAGUCAGAAUAACAACUCCAGUCAUGCCUUCCCCUCGCUCCACACGUCUUCCUACUCGGGACCUGCAGACUUCAACUUUGACUUCCUCGACAACAUGCCUUCCUCAGACACCAGCAACCUCACCGCUCAAGAACUAUUGAACUCUCUAGAUAAUUCCUUCCUUAACGAUAUCCUGUAGACUCUUUACAUUUUAUUUUUAUAACCUGUUCAAUUUCUUAUGAGAUUUAAUUAAAUCAAGUGAAAUAUAAUCAAUGAAUUAGAUAUAUUUCUUAAGAAAAGUAAUACAAAGAAAGCAUAAUUAUUUAUUUUUACUUUUCUUACAUCACACAUGUAUUAUCAUAUUAUCAACAUUGCCAAUAAUUCCAUUUACUUGCAUAUUAUUUGAUAUUAGUCAGAAACGAUAUUAAAAUAUCGUGAAAUUAAUUCUUUUAAAAAUAUCCGAACGACAUUUUAAAUAAAAAUCUCAUCAAUUGAACAAGGUUUAGUACAUUUUUAAGUGAAGUAGAAAAUUCCGUUUUGAUUAUUGUAUAACAAUUUGAUAUAAUCAAAAAUUUCACGACCAAUAUUAAAAAAUAUCACGACCAAAGUUAUUCAGACAGGAAUUUAACAUCGGAAUUUUAUGAGUUCGAUAGAACAUUAUAUAAAUAUUGAAUUCGCUCCGAAGACUUGACACUUUCGGACAUUGUUUUAUAGACUAUUUAUUGUAAAAUAUCCAUUUCAAAGUAUUUAUAAGAUUUAUUAUUGUUAAUAUGUUUGUAAAUAUUGUAACGCUAAGAUGUUUGUUUAUAAUUCAACUUUUAAAUAUAAAUAGUAGUCACAGAUUACUUUCGCUUAAUGUUAUCAUUCUUAUAAUAGAUUCUUUUUAGUUGCAAAAUAGUGUUUAUAUAAAUAUAUAAUGUAUUUAUUUGAAAAUAUUUCAUAUAGCGACUUAAUAGCACAAAAGACAACCAAUUUUUAUUUACUUUGCCUACAAUCGAAUGAGAAGUGAAUGAUUUGGGGCAAUACACUAUAAAAUGAGUUGAAGAAGUGAGUGAAUGAAUGAAUGAAUGAUAUAUGAGAUACUGUAAUACUGUAUAUUUAGAUUUCACUUUGGGACCUACAUUCUUUAAGGCGGGAACGAUAAAAGUUGGGCUUAAAACUACCUAAAUAAUAUGUAUUAAUGCUUUCAAUAGUUAUAAGAAAAUGACAGACGUAAUUUCGUAACAAGGAUAAAAUAAUUUAAAAUAAAAUUUAAGGUAAAAAAUUUAAAAACAAUGCU